AUGACAUCGAGGAGCGGCGUCAUCAAAGCAAGGGCCUACUGUGUGCACGCCUUUUACCGAGAAUGUCUGCAAGAGUUUCUCGAACAGGCACCGCAGCUUCCAAGUGACAGGGUCGGAUGCCCAACCUGCUUCGCGCCAAUGACCUGGGCGGAGGGUCAGGAAGAGAUAAACCAGGAUGAGGAACAGAACCGACCAGCCAAGCAGGCGCAGAUCACAAACAGACAGACGCUGGCAGCGACGGAGGAGCAGCGUGAUGUCUACCGAUCCGCCCUCGAGGCGCAGCGCUGCCAUUCGCGCUGGCUGCCAUGGGUGAACCACCCCUUGUCCCGUUUCCAUGCACCUCUUUUUGUUUCGGAGGCCACCAAGAUGAGUGCGCAAUGA